AUGUCUUGUCUCAAGGAGGAGGGAAAGGAAGAGGUUAAGAACAGUGGGACGAAAACUGAGGUAGAGUGCAAAGGAGGGAUGGCAGGAAAGGAGUGUCACCUUUUGAGGUCUCAUGAGGAACCCAAAGCCUCUGUAAGGUGGUCACCCAGCACUCCCAGACAGGCAGACAGAGAGACGGGCAGACAGGCAGGCAGACAGACAGAAAAGAGGAGACACCACAAUCAAGCUCUUAAAUGUCCCAGCUGAUAGUGACUGUAACUGUGGUUACUCCAACAGCAACUGUAUCCAACAGGAAGCUUACUGCAGCCUCUCACCUCUAUGAGGAUUUGGGACAAGAGGAGGAAGCCAACCUAACCUACAUACAUUACACUGUACUCACUGGGAACACACACACUGUACAAAGUGAUACAUUAUCUAUUGUAAUAGUUAACGGGUCAGGUAUAUUCUUUGGGAAUUGUGGAUCUUACUUUGACUCUCCUACACAUCUUGAAAACGUUUUAUACCCUGACUUAAAACCAUUUUGGCCUGCGUGUGUGUGUUGGAUACAGGGGCAUGGCUGGGCUGUAAUCAAGCCAUCCGUCAGUCCUGCCAUCCAUAAAUGGAGCAGUUGGGAACACAUCCAGUCGGCCCGUGCCACUGCGGUCCCCAUCCCAAUGUCAGCCAGGAAUAUCCCUGCCAAGGAAAUUCCCACUUCAAUCCCGAGUCUGAAUUCGACCUGGGCCCAGUUCUGUGGAUGCAGGGCUCAGGAACAUUGUAAUUGAAGGAGAGACUCUGCGACACGAGCCAGAGGGGAACUAUUUCCGAACUGGAACGCUGUAUCCCAGUGAUCAGAGGGGGAACUAUUCCAGAGACUCUGAGACACGUGCCAGAGGGGAAUUAUUCCCAAACCCGGAACGCUGUAUCCCAGUGAUCAGAGUGAUCUCGGUUUUAGACACGCAGCAGAAUUCCAACUUUCAGGGGAUGCUCAUUAAAACUGCAUUGGAAUUAGGUUCUGGAAUUAGGAUCUGGAAUUCCAUAAAAUAGACACACAAAAGCACACAUGCACACACACACACACACACACACACCUGAUUAACCACAUCUCAAUUUCCUCUGAUAAAAAAAAAAAAGAUAACCAAAGGCUUUUCUGCUCUUUUCUGCUCUCUCUUCUGUUAAUUUGAUUGGGUGAAUCCAGGAGAUGGGAGGGGAUAAUAUAAUAUAUGCUGACAAAAAUGAGCAAGAUGUGGCCACAGCUACGUCCAGCCAAACCUAAUCACACACACACACACAUACAGUGAGGGAAAAAAGUACUUGAUCCCCUGCUGAUUUUGUACGUUUGCCCAAUGACAAAGAAAUGAUUCAUCUAUAAUUUUAAUGGUAGGUGUAUUUGAACAGUGAGAGACAGUAUAACAACAAAAAAAUCCAGAAAAACGCAUGUCAAAAAUGUUAUAAAUUGAUUUGCAUUUUAAUGAGGGAAAUAAGUAUUUGACCCCUUCUCAAUCAGAAAGAUUUCUGGCUCCCAGGUGUCUUUUAUACAGGUAACGAGCUGAGAUUAGGAGCACACUCUUAAAGGGAGUACUCCUAAUCUCAGCUUGUUACCUGUAUAAAAGACACCUGUCCACAGAAGCAAUCAAUCAAUCAGAUUCCAAACUCUCCACCAUGGCCAAGACCAAAGAGCUCUCCAAGGAUGUCAGGGACAAGAUUGUAGACCUACACAAGGCUGGAAAGGGCUACAAGACCAUCGCCAAGCAGCUUGGUGAGAAGGUGACAACAGUUGGUGCGAUUAUUCGCAAAUGGAAGAAACAUAAAAUAACUGUCAAUCUCCCUCGGCCUGGGGCUCCAUGCAAGAUCUCACCUCGUGGAGUUGCAAUGAUCAUGAGAACGGUGAGGAAUCAGCCCAGAACUACACGGGAGGAUCUUGUCAAUGAUCUCAAGGCAGCUGUGACCAGAGUCACCAAGAAAACAAUUGGUAACACACUACCCCGCGAAGGACUGAAGUCCUGCAGCGCCCGCAAGGUCCCCCUGCUCAAGAAAGCACAUAUACAGUGCUGUCUGAAGUUUGCCAAUUAACAUCUGAAUGAUUCAGAGGAGAACUGGGUGAAAGUGUUGUGGUCAGAUGAGACCAAAAUCGAGCUCUUUGGCAUCAACUCAACUCACCGUGUUUGGAGGAGGAAUGCUGCCUAUGACCCCAAGAACACCAUCCCCACCGUCAAACAUGGAGGUGGAAACAUGCUUUGGGGGUGUUUUUCUGCUAAGGGGACAGGACAACUUCACCGCAUCAAAGGGACGAUGGACGGGGCCAUGUACCAUCAAAUCUUGGGUGAGAACCUCCUUCCCUCAGCCAGGGCAUUGAAAAUGGGUCGUGGAUGGGUAUUCCAGCAUGACAAUGAACCAAAACACAUGGCCAAGGCAACAAAGGAGUGGCUCAAGAAGAAGCACAUUAAGGACCUGGAGUGGCCUAGCCAGUCUCCAGACCUUAAUCCCAUAGAAAAUCUGUGGAGGGAGCUGAAGGUACGAGUUGCCAAACGUCAGCCUCAAAACCUUAAUGACUUGGAGAAGAUCUGCAAAGAGGAGUGGAACAAAAUCUUUCCUGAGAUGUGUGCAAACCUGGUGGCCAUCUACAAGAAACGUCUGACCUCUGUGAUUGCCAACAAGGGUUUUGCCACCAAGUACUAAGUCAUGUUUUGCAGAGGGGUCAAAUACUUAUUUCCCUCAUUAAAAUACAAAUCAAUUUAUAAAAUUUUUGACAUGCGUUUUUUCUGGAUUUUGUUGUUGUUAUUCUGUCUCUCACUGUUCAAAUAAACCUACCGUUAAAAUUAUAGACUGAUCAUGUCUUUGUCAGUGGGCAAACUUACAAAAUCAGCAGGGGAUCAAAUACUUUUUUCCCUCACUGUAUACACAUACACAGUCAAGCCUAACUUCCAGUCCUUUGUGACCAGGCAGAACAGGAUUUUCUGUGAUGGUUUGGAGCCUAGCCUCAGUCAUUCAUGUGACUAUUUCGGCAGCCAUGUUUGAUGCUUAAACAACCACCAAGUAAUGAGAUGGCAUUCAACACAGCAGAAAAUUGAGACCUUGUAUUUCUGCAGGCAGCAUAUUUUUCAUAAAGAUAUUGAACCCAACUAAAAUGUUUAUGAUGCAUAAGUAUAUGUGUGUGAAAUGGGGGCAAAACUGUAGGAGGCAAACUGAUAGUUAAGAGAAGAGAAGAGAUGAGGAAAGUACCACCUGCCUUGACUGUAACACCCAUGACUAAAGCCCUGCUCAUAAACACAGUCUACAUAUAUACACACACACUCAUUGAGUCAUUUAACAUUCCCGUGAGCUGGUUAUCAUUCCCACCAGAGGAGUCAUGCCCAUAGGGGGGCACAAAGUUAUAUGCCCCCUCAGAUUUGUCUGUUUUUUUUAUUUUUCUGAUGUUAAAUUAAUUACUAAACUUCAUUUUUAAGCCAAUGUUUUAUCAUAAUUAUUUAUAAAAAGAUCUGUCAACAGUAUUUUGCGAAGGAGGCACACUGAAAAGUACUGAUUCCUUUAAAUCUUUUACCCAUAUUUUAGCAGAGAUGCUUUUUAUAGAGAUGCAUACUCUAUUUACGUAGUUUAUAAAAUACCAGUCAGGAAGAUACAGAUGGCUCAAGAGGUAUGCUUAGAUAUGCAGAAAAAUACUUGCUUUAAAUGUAAUCUAGCACCUUAUGACAAUAUCAUGAUGUGUGUAUUAAUGAUAUGUGCCUGUAUUGAUGAUGUGUGGUAUAAUCCCAUGUACUCUGUUGUAAUGUGGAUGUAAUAUCCUAGGCAUGUUAGGGCAGUAUAUUGAGAUGUUAUUUAAAAGUUCUUAAAGAAUCAAUGUGCAUCAUUAAUUGAAAUGACAAUUGAACAGGUAUAGAGGUAUGCUCAGAUAACCUAUGCAGAAAAAAUCAACAUAAAAAAAAAAAAACAGAAUUAGGCAUGAUGAUUAUGGCUCUAGGUUGCAGGAAAAAGCUGUUUAAGGUGUUUGAAAAAUGUAAAGCCCCCCUCCCAUCCACCCUCCGGUCCAGACCACCCUCCCUCCAUCCUCACGUACUUUGUGCCCCCUCUAAAAUAAUUGCUGCAUGACGCCCCUCAUUCCCACUGAAGGGUUCGGCUGUGGACACACUGGAUUGACCUUUACUUUGGUAUCCCUGAGGCCCAGUAUGUAAUAAAGGACAUUAUCAAGACAUUUAGUGUGAAACUGUAUUUUCCUACUGAGAUAAGAGAACUCUCCUCAGACAUUCCCAGACACCUGCAAUCUUUGUUCAAUUGAAAGUUGUUGAAAGUGUUAUCAGUCUCAUAUUACCCAAUGUCUGUGAUGAUGCAUGUAUACAUUCAGAAUGACUAUAUGUUGAGACCUUAGGGCCAUUGAGCCAUCUGAUCAAUCGUAUCAGGUGACUGUUAGGACAUUAAAUGCAUUUUCUGAACAUGAUGGCCACCAUCUGAAUUGUCUCCUGUACACCAAAAUCUCCCCCGAAGCCUUCACCACCGUCCCACCGCAUAGAGGGUGGGACUUUCCCCCGGGAAUGCUGAUUGUUCCAGGCUGUCAUUAACGAUUUCCCCGCUCUCAUAGUCUCAUCGUUUUUCUUAUUUUCACUCGUUCUCCAGCAGUGUCUGUGCCUCAAAGUGAUGUCAUGUGUAUGUGCAUGCUUGUGUGCGUAAAAGUAAUUUCAGUUUCUGUGGCUACAUUCUAGGUAAUGAAUUUAACACCAUUGGCGAAUUGGCCAGGAAUCCAGCUCCAUAGGUAUUGAGUUGUUCUAGCAUAAGGUAUUAAUUUAGAUCCUAUGUUUAUGUCUGUAACGCUAAAGGGAAGAAUCUGAACACAUUCACCUAAACAUACUCCCUCAAUGUAAGUGUGGGCCUUUUCCUCAUCACUUGAAACCUGUUAAAAAUGCCUUGUAUAGAUAUUCCUAGUGUGCAAUGAUUUCAUCAAGCUUGUGACUCUACAAACUUGUUGGACGCAUUUGCUGUUUGUUUUGGUUGUGUUUCAGAUUAUUUUGUGCCCAAUAGAAAUGAAUGGUAAAUAAUGUAUUGUGUCAUUUUGGAGUCACUUUUAUUGUAAAUAAGAAUAUAAUAUGUUUCUAAAUACUUCUGCAUGAAUGUGGAUGUUACCAUGAUUACGGAUAAUCCUGAAUGAAUCCUGAAUAAUGAGUGAGAAAGACGCACAUGUGUCAUAUCCCCACGACAUGCUAACCUCUCACCAUUACAAUAACAAGGGAGGUUAGCAUUUUUUGGGGGGUAUGAUAUUUGUGCGUCUAACUUUCUCACUCAUAUUCAAAAUUCAUUCAGGACUAUCCGUAAUCAUGGUAGCAUCUACAUUCAUGUAAAAGUGUUUAGAAACAUCUUAUUUACAAUUAAUGUGACUCCAAAAUGGCACAAUACAUUAUUUACCAUUCAUUUCUGUUGGGCACAAAAUAAUCUGAAACACAACCAAUACAAACAGCAAAUGCGUCCAACAAGUUUGUAGAGUCACAAGCUUGAUGUAAUCAUUUCGUGCUAGGAAGAUGGGACCAAAUAUUAAACUUUGGACUACUUUAAUACACAUAUAAGUGAAUUUGUCCCAAUACUUUUGGUUCUCUAAAAUGGGCGAGCUAUGUACAAAAAGUGCUAUAAUUUCUAAACGGUUCACACGUAUGGAUGAAAAUACCCUCAAAUGAAAGCUGUCAGUCUUCAUAUGAACCUCAUAGUCAUUGUAUCAUUUCAAAUCCAAAGUGCUGAAAUACAAAGCCAAAACAACAACAACAUUGUCACCGUCCAAAUACUUUUAGAGCUCACUGUAGAUAUGGUGCAUCUAUCAAUGGGGCCAUGUGAUUAUUUCCCUAACCUGAGCUCAUUGUAAAUUCUUGACAGAGGCUGCUAAGUGUGUCACGCUGAGGGAAACGGGGACCGUGUAGCGUCCUUGCACCUCUGGUGUCCCUCUUCUGUUUCCAUUGUGACAUAGAGGUUGUACCCCAGCUUGCCGGAGAACUGGAUGCAAAUCACUGACUUGUGAGGUGAUGUGAUGAGCAUGGGCACCACUGCAUGUCAUGUAGAGGGGAUAUCCUGUCCACUAAUGCUAAUUCUAUGGCUCUGUGUGUUUGUCUCUCUGUCGCACUCCGAGUGAGUGAUGUCACCAUGUCAUUCCAGUGGAAUUUUACCCCAGUGACAUCACAUAGUCUCUCCUGUGUCUCUGUAAGUGACUGUGUUUGUAUCUGGUUGGCUUCCCUCUCCUCCUCAGACGUCAGGUAAACACUGCACGAGCUGAGAGUGUGGACACACCAGCUGAGAGUGUGGAAAUCAUCUUGAUUGUGCCUCAUUAAAUCCCCCCCCCCCCCCCCCCCCCCCAAUAGAAGGCAAAAAAAGAGAAGAGAAGGAGAAUGCUGGCGGGGAGAAUGUACCAACUGUAUAGCAAAAAAAAAUAGAGCACUCACAGACCUAUUCCAGUCACUCUUUUUUCCUGUUGUGGUUUCAUGCCUCCUAUAUCCCUCCUUCUUUAAUCCCAAGGCUUUUCUCAGUGUAGCCCAAGCAUGACAUCAUGGCCCCAGAAAAAGGCUUUAGACACUUUGGCUGUGAUUUCAGUCUUCACCCAAAACCACUGUGGAAUGAUGCACAUGUUUUUGCCAUCUAUUCAUUCUUUCUUUUGUAUUCUUUUUUUAGCCCGCUAACAAAACAAAAAUGUGACUGGCAAUCAGUGGGCAUCACACCCUAUUUUUGCCAUUGGUCAAACAAAGAUGGGGGAGUUUGGCAAAGCCCAAUAAUUACUGUUUAACACAGCUGACCAGAUUUAAAUAGUAUUUCUCCUUCUCUCCCUCCCUCCUCUUCUCCCCACUGUUCUUAACUUCCUUUUCCUCUCUAGCUUUAGUUUUUUUUACAUUUUCAGCCCCAUCUUUUGCGUUUGUGUUGGGUUCUUUAUUAUAGUCCUGUGUAUUUUUGGAGGUGUUAAUUUCCAGUAACUUCCCCAUCUAUUCCUCAGUCCAUCUCUCCAUUUAUGAGUGCCUCUCAUUGCCUCUUUACCUCUGCAUGCCUCUCAUUGCCUCUCUGCCCUCAAAGCGACGCGGCAAAUGGAUGGUACAGGCCGGGAAACAAGGAGGAUAUGAAAACUGAAAAAUACAAACAAUAGACUACAAGCACAGGACUGUCAGCUCUGAGGCCAAGACCAAUACUGAGGAAAUGAAGGGAGAGACAGAAGCAGAAAGAGGUAGAGAGAAGAGGGAAGACCGAAGGAGAUAGAGAGACUAUAGACAGAGAAAGAAGGAUAGAGACACUGACAGAGGAGAGGGGAAAGACGGAUACAUGAAGAGAAAGAGAGAGGAGAGACUGAGUACUAGAAAGAGAGAGGAGAGACUGAGUACUAGAAAUAGAGAGAGACUGAGUACUAGAAAGAGAGAGGAGAGACUGAGCACUAGAAAUAGAGGAGAGACUGAGUACUAGAAAGAGAGAGGAGACUGAGUACUAGAAAGAGAGAGGAGCGACUGAGUACUAGAAAGAGAGAGGAGAGACUGAGCACUAGAAAGAGAGGGAGAGACUGAGUACUAGAGAGAGGAGAGACUGAGUACUAGAAAGAGAGAGGAGAGACUGAGUACUAGAAAGCGAGGGAGGCUGGCGUACAUAGGAAAGAGAGAGGAGCGACUGAGUACUAGAAAGAGAGAGGAGAGACUGAGCCACUAGAAAGAGAGAGGAGGACUGAGCAACUAGGAAAGGAGAGGGAGAGACUGAGAACUAGAAUGAGAGAGGGAGAAAGGGAAUGAGUCUGAAUUGUUUAGAGGGAUGGAAGAGAGAGGAGAGAGAGAGGGGUAGUGAGAGGGAUAGAGGAGGGAGGGGAGGGACAGAGAGAGAGGGGUAGUGAGAGGAGUACAGUGGUCCAGAGACUGAUAUGGGGUGAAAAUUGAAACAGGAUAUGACAUGUGCACUCUUAGAAAAAAAGGUGCUGUCUAGAACCUAAAAGGGUUAUUCGGCUGUCUGUUAGAACCCUUUUGGUUUCAGGUAGAACCCUGUUGGGUUCCAUAUAGAAACCUUUACACAUAGGGUUCUACCUGGAACCAAAACGGGUUCUACCUGGAACCAAAAAGGGUUCUCCUACAGGGACAGCCGAAGAACCCUUUCGGAACCCUUUUUUCUAAGAGUGUGCACACAGGACAAAGGAAGUGAGACAUGCAGUGGUGCUGUGGGGUGAGAUGUAGUUUUAGUUGUCUGGCUUUAGAUGCAACACCACACACAGCUGUUGGACGUGUUGUCCUCAGCAUUCCAUAGAGUUAGAAGAUGUGUAGAGCCAGGAGCAGGUAACUAUCCUCUGGGUCUUCCUCCCCAAGCAGCAGGUCACCUCUCAGUCUCGACUGAUACUAUCCUCUGGGUCCUUCUCUCCAAGCAGACACAAUGAACCCAAGGCCAGGUCACUGUCUGUGUUACAUUACUAGUACUGGUUAGGUUGGGAUGGUUUGGUUCUCCAUGGAUGCUGGGGAGGUGGGAUUCAGAUUGCUGUAUCAGUGCUGUUUCACUCCCACUGAAACCUAAAAGGUCUGCUGUGGACCAGAAUAGGAGAUGAACCAGAAAACAUUUAGGUCAAUGUUCUUUGGUUUCACUCCUGGAGACCCUUCAAAGGAUUCACUUGGGGUGUUAGUGCUGGACUGUAGCAGAAAUGUUCACACCCCGUGGUUCCUAAAAGUCUCACCAGGUCACCUUGGAGAGCUGAUGCUCCCAAAUCAUUCCAAUUUGUUACUUGACACGUUCCAAAAUGGCAACUCUUAAUUGCAGGUCCAGUUUAUUUCCUUCUCCCUAUAGUGGUUGUUGUUUUAUUGAUAUCAGGGGUUUUCUCUCAAGUGCUCCCAAAGCCACAGCUUCUUAAGGCAGUGUGGCAUUAUGCCUGGCCAACGACCUGUAAUUAGCCUACAUCCAGCCUUUAUAGCCUUUUAACGAAGGGUCUAAAAAUAAAGCCCUAUCGGCAGGGAGGCUAAUGUAAGCCUGUCUGUCAAUCUCUCCUCUAUAUCCUUCUCUCUCUCUAUCCAUCUUUCCCUCUCUCGCUUCACCUCAGUUUGGAGAGGCAACCCAUCUCAUAGUUCUUGUGUUUUUCCAAGUGGUGGUUUUUAAAUUCUCAGUUUCUCAUUCUCCCUGUCCCUGAAAUGAUUAUCUGGAACCCUGUCAUUUGACACAACGGCCAUGUUUAGGUUUAGGUCCUCUGCCCAAAAUCAGAAACUCAUUACAUGUUUUGUAUGUGCUUGUGUGUACUGAGAGACCGUUUGCCGUUGGCUCGGAGGCAUGAGUCUGCAGAGGUUGUUUCUGGAAGAGCUUGGGGUUGUUCCUGUUGCUGGCAGUGUGUAAUGCUACCACAGCUCUCCUCUCAGAGGAAAGGAUGGGGAUGCUUUCCAGACCUGUGUUAAGUUAUUUAACAGCCGAGACGCACACACACUCCACUGCCCUGUAAAUACCAUGUACUGGAAAUAUCCAACUGUUUAGUAGGUCUGUGUAGAGCAGAUGUACUGUAAAUAUCCAACUGUUUAGUAGGUCUGUGUAGAGCAGAUGUACUGUAAAUAUCCAACUGUUUAGUAGGUCUGUGUAGAGCAGAUGUACUGUAAAUAUCCAACUGUUUAGUAGGUCUGUGUAGAGCAGAUGUACUGUAAAUAUCCAACUGUUUAGUAGGUCUGUGUAGAGCAGAUGUACUGUAAAUAUUAAAAUGUUUAGUAGGUCUGUGUGCGGAGCAGUAGGGGAUAGCGUACAAAGACAUACAUCAUUCAAAUCACCAGGUGUGCGUGUGUGUGUUUAAGGUGAGCCCAGGACUGGACAUUGUGAUGUUGCCCCCAGACCACACAGCAAAACAUGUUAGUUAGUGUCAGCGGUCAUAACCAACACUUUACCCUGCCUAAUCACUGUGUGUGUGUCUAUGCGUGCUUGUAUGUGUGUGUGUGUGUGUAUGGGUGAGCUGAGGGCGGUGGAGAGCGUAUAGGGGCAGGGCCUGUGGGUCUGUAGGCAGAAAGGGGUGUGGCUGUGGUGAGAGGGACAGUAUAAGUGAUGCCAGUUACUCAGUCACAGGCACAGGUACACUGCAGCCAGCCUAGCCUAAGAGAGAGAAUACUAAGUGUGUGUGUGUGUGUGUGUGUGUCACUCUGAGUGCUCUGUAGGACUAGGCAGUGUAAGUGUGUGCACGUUCCCUUUGCCUGUAUCACGGACUACACUGCCACACUGAGAGAGAACAGUGUGUGUGUGGUAGAAAGAGAGGGAACCAAACAGUAUAUGUAUCUCCCUGACUCAGCAUUCUAUCAGCAUCCAUAGCAUCCUCAGUCUGUUGCUAGGGCAACUGAGUCCAAGUCCACUGCCAGUCUUGGGUGAGUUUGCCUCUCUCUCUCUCUCUCUCUCUCUAUCUCUCUUUCUCUUUCUCUUCUCUCUUUCUCUUUCUCUCUCUCUUUCUCUCUUUCUCCCUCUCGCUCCUCCGUUUAGAACUCUGUGUGUUUAGUCAGGAAGGCAGUUUUAUUGACGACAGACAGGAGAGGAAUCCUCUGAAAGUUAAUUGUUCCUUUAUUUAGCUGCUGGACAACGUUACACUUUGUCUCAGUGGGACGGCACAGAGAAGGAGGGAGGGAGGGAGGGAGGGAGGGAGGGAGAGAGCGUUGCAGAGAGAGGGAAGGAGGGAAUGGGGUAUUUGAAGUCGGGAGAGUUAAACGGCUCACUCUCUUUUCCAUUGAAACAUCAAUCCUGAUGUCUAGUUUAAAGCCUAUUUAUGCUUGAUCAUAUGUGGUUGGAUGCUCCGUAUGGAGCCACGCAGAGGCCAAAUUGAGCUUCAUAUCACAUCGCUGUGUGCCUCCCAAAUAUUUUAACAAUGCGGAGGGCUCCGUAUAGCUCUUCAUUAACAUGAUUGGUUGACGGUAGGUGGGGGCGGGAGGUCUUGUAUAGACACAAACUCACUUCCUUGACAACCUCCUCCACAACAGCUCUAUUCAACAGCUCUGUGCUGCUCCACAAAGCGCAAAAAGUAUGAAUGCCCUGACUUCUGCAGAGGCCGUAUCACCGUAAAUGCUGCACGGCCAACGCAGACGUUGGAUUGACCUUGCAGAGCCUUUUACAUUUGGGUUGGAUCAGCCUCUGAAUGAAGUAUAGUUGGAGCUGGCAGACUCAGGUUACCUAAGGUUCUAAAGACUUGUUAUUGUAGUGUUAUGACUGCUUAGAUGGAUGUCAUUUUCCCAUUUUACUCGAGUUCUAGAUACAACAUGUUACUGGUAUUGUGGUGAUGGUGUAAUAUGCACCUCUCUUACAGAAGACUAGUCAUUCAUAAUCUAUUAGUCAUUUGAGAUUCAUAGAGAUUCACAGAGCUUACCUGUAGGUUUUGUCAUUAAAGUGUAGCUCAGUUGGUAGAGCAACGCCAGGGUAGUGGGUUUGAUUCCCGGGACCACCCGUUCAUAAAAUGUAUGCAUGCAUGACUGUAAGUCACUUUGGAUAAAAGCGUCUGUUAAAUGGCAAAUAUUAUUAUUUAUUGUUUUGGCACUGUUUAGUGUGUGUGUAUGUUUGUGUAGGGCGGCACGUAGCCUAGCGGUUAAGAGCGUUGGGCCAGUAACCAAAAGGUCGAGUGGUUCGAAGCCCCAAGCCGACUAUGUGAAAAAUCUGUCGAUGCAAGGCACUUAACCCUAAUUGCUCCUGUAAGUCGCUCUGGAUAAGAGUGUCUGCUAAAUGACUAAAAUGUGUGUGUGUGAGAGAUAAUUGCAUUCCUAGCAGGUCUCUAGAUCUACUCUUUGGUCUAGUGUGAAGGAAAUGAUCUGCGCACUGUCACAGUUCUGACCUUUCACUGUCACAGUUCUGACCUUUCACUGUCACAGUUCUGCCUUUCACUGUCACAGUUCAGACCUUUCACUGUCACAUUUCUGACCUUUCACUGUCACAGUUCUGCCUUUCACUGUCACAGUUCUGACCUUUCACUGUCACAGUUCUGCCUUUCACUGUCACAGUUCUGCCUUUCACUGUCACAGUUCUGCCUUUCACUGUCACAGUUCUGCCUUUCACUGUCACAGUUCUGCCUUUCACUGUCACAGUUCUGCCUUUCACUGUCACAGUUCUGACCUUUCACUGUCACAGUUCUGCCUUUCACUGUCACAGUUCUGACCUUUCACUGUCACAGUUCUGCCUUUCACUGUCACAGUUCUGACCUUUCACUGUCACAGUUCUGACCUUUCACUGUCACAGUUCUGCCUUUCACUGUCACAGUUCUGCCUUUCACUGUCACAGUUCUGCCUUUCACUGUCACAGUUCUGCCUUUCACUGUCACAGUUCUGACCUUUCACCGUCACCGUUCUGCCUUUCACUGUCACAGUUCUGACCUUUCACUGUCACAGUUCUGCCUUUCACUGUCACAGUUCUGACCUUUCACUGUCACAGUUCUGCCUUUCACUGUCACAGUUCUGCCUUUCACUGUCACAGUUCUGCCUUUCACUGUGUGUCCUGGGGGUGUUAUUUGUUUUAGUCCUUCAGCUGGCCAGAGGAUAUGUAGACAGGUUGGUGUGUGUGUGUUUGUGCAUGCGUGCACGUCUAGAAGCAAGGGUAUGAUGUGAGGAUGUGAGUGGUAGUUACUUAAUGGGUUUGCGGUAACAUGACUGUGAUAUACAGUGCAUUCGGAAAGUGUUCUGUCAGAGUGACCAUCGGGUUCUUGGUCACCUGCAAAAAUGUCUAAAAACCUCUUUUCACUUUGUCAUUAUGGGGUAUUGUGUGUAGAUUGCUGAGGGAAAUGUUUUAUUUGAUCAAUUUUAGAAUAAGGCUGUAACAUAACAAAAUGUGGGGAAAGUCAAGGGGUCUGAAUACUUUCCGAAAGGCACUGUAAUUAUAUGAUGUAUUCUUAGAAACCUCAAUGCCCAAACUAUCUAUCUUUGGCUCUGCUGUCACCUCAGAAUACCCUGUGUGUCACUGUCUGACCUGUGUCCACUGUCCAUGAACACUGGCUGUUCAUGUUGGGUUGUCACGGUAAUGAUUCAGGAGUGUGUCAUGUUGGGUUGUCACGGUAAUGAAUAAUGCUGUAGUCAGAGAUCUUUAUCUCUUCAGGCAAAACCAAACCUUUUGAUUAUGCAUUCGAUUUCCUCCCUGACUAUAGCUCACCUGUUGUCCCAUGAUCCUCUCUGUUCUAGAUCAUAUGUUCAUAGAAGAAUAUCUGGAAGAAGAUGAGGAACCACCUUUGCUGCUCAGCUUUUGUCCUUCUCACAGUACGUAUCGUCGUGUGUGUGUGUGUGUGUGUGUGUGUGUGUGUGUGUGUGUGUGUGUGUGUGUGUGUGCGUGUGGUGUGCGUGCGUGCGUGUGUGAUUGUUGUGUCCUGUGUGUGUGUGUGUGUGUGUGUGUGUGUGUGUGUGUGUGGUGUGUGUGUGUGUGUGUGUGUGUGUGUGUGUGUGUGUGUGUGUGUGUGUGUGCGUGCGUGCGUGCGUGCGUGCGUGCGUGCGUGCGUGCGUGCGUGCGUGCGUGCGUGCGUGCGUGCGUGCGUGCGUGCGUGCGUGCGUGCGUGCGUGCGUGCGUGCGUGCGUGCGUGCGUGCGUGCGUGCGUGCGUGCGUGCGUGCGUGCGUGCGUGCGUGCGUGUCUAAUUAUUUGUGUCACUGAUCUGUGUGUGUAUUCCAGGUGUUUGGCUCUGGAGGGACUGUAGCCGUGCAGUGUCGGUGGGGGGAGGGGUGUGUGUGUCUGGAGUGCCCCAGUGGCCAGGAGCCAAUCAAGGUUGGACAUAAGAUCCCUAACUCACCUCUCAUUACCAUGUCAUCAUAACUCACCUCUCAUUACCCUGUCAUCCUAACUCACCUCUCAUUACCCUGUCAUCCUAACUCACCUCUCAUUACCCUGUCAUCCUAACUCACCUCUCAUUACCCUGUCAUCCUAACUCACCUCUCAUUACCAUGUCAUCCUAACUCACCUCUCAUUACCCAUGUCAUCCUAACUCACCUCUCAUUACCCUGUCAUCCUAACUCACCUCUCAUUACCCUGUCAUCCUAACUCCCUCUCAUUACCCUGUCAUCCUAACUCACCUCUCAUUACCCUGUCAUCCUAACUCACCUCUCAUUACCCUAGUCAUCCUAACUCACCUCUCAUUACCCUGUCAUCCUAACUCACCUCUCAUUACCCUAUCAUCCUAACUCACCUCUCAUUACCCUGUCAUCCUAACUCACCUCUCAUUACCCUGUCAUCCUAACUCACCUCUCAUUACCCUAUCAUCCUAACUCACCUCUCAUUACCCUGUCAUCCUAACUCCCCUCUCAUUACCAUGUCAUCCUAACUCACCUCUCAUUACCCUAUCAUCCUAACUCACCUCUCAUUACCCUGUCAUCCUAACUCACCUCUCAUUACCCUGUCAUCCUAACUCACCUCUCAUUACCCUGUCAUCCUAACUCCCCUCUCAUUACCCUGUCAUCCUAACUCACCUCUCAUUACCCUAUCAUCCUAACUCACCUCUCAUUACCCUGUCAUCCUAACUCACCUCUCAUUACCCUGUCAUCCUAACUCACCUCUCAUUACCCUGUCAUCCUAACUCCCCUCUCAUUACCCUGUCAUCCUAACUCACCUCUCAUUACCCUAUCAUCCUAACUCACCUCUCAUUACCCUGUCAUCCUAACUCACCUCUCAUUACCCUGUCAUCCUAACUCCCCUCUCAUUACCAUGUCAUCCUAACUCACCUCUCAUUACCCUGUCAUCCUAACUCACCUCUCAACACCCUGUCAUCCUAAAUGUCUUCUUAUAACUUAUUUGUCACUAUACAGGCCACCCCCCUCUCUUCCACUCCAUUACCACCAACGAUCCCUCUGUCAACAGAGGCUACCUCGAUCUCUCUCCUCUUUCUCCUCUCUCUACAUGGAAGUCAUGUGGACCACCCCACUAGGAACAGACUUCAAUUCAAUGUCUACUCCACAUUGGUUCAACGUAAUUUCGUUGAGAUGACGGUGAAACAACUUUGAUUCAACCAGUGUGUUCCCAGUGGGUCUGCUCUUAUUUUAGAUACGACUAAUAUGCAGAUGUAGGAUCUUAAUUUGAUCACUCUUUUGUUGCUGAGAAUUUUCCUGCAGCCUGGAAGUACAGAUGAGCUUUGUGAUUUACAUAAAUUCACAGAAAACCCACGUUAACACACGGUUAUAUUGACAGUAUUCCACUUUUCAUGUAGCCUACUUUUGUCCAGCUAAUAGCCUAACCACCGAUGAAGCAACAUUAUGGACUAAACGUUGAAAUCCUGUUGCUACAGGAUUGUUUUGCUACGACAGUACUGAUCUAUCUAUCUGUCUGUCUGUCGGUCUGUCUGUCUAAUUUCUGUGCACAUUUUCAUAUGAAACCCCAAAAUAAUGAAUGUAUCUUAGUUCCUGCCCAGAACGGCAGUGUUAGUUAUUUUGGAACGUCUUAUUGAACACAGAACCCUAUGUGACUGUAGUGUAUGUGUGUAAUUACAGUGGUUCAUGUACUCUGUUCUGAGAUGUGAAGAUGUUUUCUCCUGCCAGGCUUGCGGGCAGCUCGAGGGGCCAGGCGAGGCGGUGCACUGUCAGUCUUGUCCAGCGGGCAAGUUUUCGGACACCUAUGACUCUGAUCAAUGCCGCCCACACUCCUCCUGCGGGGUCCUCAACAAAAAGGUUGUGACCUCUGGUACCUCACACUCUGAUGCUGUCUGCGGAGACUGUCUGUCUGGGUAUGUAUCCACAUACAACAACAACAAGAUUAACAACAGACAAAAUGGGGAGACAAUAACUACCCUCUCCCUUUGUAUCUCAAUAUUCGCCAAACAAGUCCAACAAGUGCCAACAAGCAUGUUUUCUUCAUAAAGCACAUUCGAUACAGGCAAAACUGUUGAUUGAUUCUUCUGCUGUAAAACAAUACUGCUACACAAUCGUUUCUCUCUGUGUGGCCCUGGCUUUAGUAAACAGGUGUAUUACUGCAGUCCUACAUCUUGAUCUCAUCUCCAGAAAUAGAAAUGGUUGUAAAUGUGAGCUUUGUUUGGAAAGUGUGUAAAAUAGGAUUGGAAUGGUUUAGAACUGUUUUGAAAACUCACUAACAGAAUCCAAACACACCAGCCCAACUGUAGCACUGAAGUAUCCUGACCACUCACUGUAUAGCCCGGUUAGCACGUCUCUACCCUCGGACCAGGACCACCCCUCUCUACAGAAAUAGACUGUUGACCUUUAAAUAUGGUCAGUUGGAAAAGUUUUACUUACUAGGACUGUGAUAUGUGGUUGUCUCACCUAGCUACCUUAAGAUGAAUGCACCAAUUGUAAGUCUCUCUGGAUAAGAGCGUCUGCUAAAUGACUAACAUGUCAAUGUAUUAUGGGACCAUGAAAUGAAUACACUGCUAUGAUAACAUGGUAUUGUUAAGUUGUGAUAUUAAUAUGAGCCUGUGUUGGUGCCACCAGGUUCCACCCCACUGCUAUGAAGACAGCCACCAACCUGGCCUGUGUGAGAGGUGAGUGUGGACAGAAUCAAUAUCACACCAACAGAAAGUUGAAGUGAUUAUGUUUCCACUGGUGGAAUAAUGGUUUUAACAGGGUCAUAUUCUCUUGCUUUCUCUCUCCCCGCUAUCUCUCCCCAGCCCCCCCUGCCCAGUCUACCCAUGUGCGUGCAGUGCGUACGGUGGGUAAGGGUGCGGCGGGCAGUGGUGGCCUGCCGGUGAACGGUACAGCAGUGCGGAGCCCGGAGGAGAAGAGUGCAGAGUAUGCAGUGUUCGCCCUGGUGCCAAUCUUCUGUGUGAUGGGACUCCUGGGGAUCCUCAUCUGUAAUAUCCUCAAGAAGAAGGGAUACCACUGCACUGCUGAGAAGGAGGGAGGAGAUGAGGAGAAUGCUACACCACAGAAAGAGGGUGAGAGAGAGAAGAGAGAGAGAGAGAGAGAGAGAGAGAGAGAGAGAGGAGAGAGAGAGAAGAGAGCGAGAUAGAGAGAGAGAUAUCUCUAUCUCUCUCGCUCAGCUCUUCUCUCGCUAUCGCGCUACCUCGUACUCGCUAUCGAGCUUCUAUCCAUACUCGUAUAGAUCACGUAUCUGGGCUGUGCCUUUUUAGUUUUUCUCUUGAAUAAGUGUUUUCAAGGGUCCUUACAACAAUGCAUGAACUGAUAUUUUGGAUGACCAGAGGAGACAAUGGGGCCCAGUUUUUCAGAAUUAUCCGGAUUCUGACAUCCUUUUUUUUUUGCUAUCCAGGAUCAGAUCGAUCUGGCUGUUUUUGAGCCGGUUUUUCAGAAAAUAAUUGGAUAAGAUCAUUCUGAUCCAGAUACCACAAUAUCAAGAUCAAAUAAUCCGGAUGGAUUUUCAGUGCUUUGAACAGACUAUUGGUCAGGUUGUGGUACUACUUAUACACUGUCAUAAGGAAAUGGAGAUGCGUACUACAUGAAUAAAUAUACCUUGAUAAAAAAUAAUGGAGCAUGCAUAUCACUUCUAAGUAAGUAGAUGCAUUUAUUUGACACUUCUCAAUAUAACAACUGACCACAUACCUAUACUACAAUUUAACAUAAUGAACCUUUGGUUUUCAGAUUUUUUUUAACCUCCUCAUUUUAGUUACAUUGAUAUUUAUUGGUUGUAGUGCCUUUCACCUUUCUAAAUCCACCUUCCAGUGGGAUCAAAAUACUCCUGAAAAACGCAAAAACUACAUACAAUCCUGAUUAAAGGUCAGAUUGGUUUACCAAAUCCUUAUCCCUAUCCGGAGGAUCAGAAUCUCAUUUUUUCAGUUGAGAAAAAUCCAAAUUCUAACAUUUAACCCUAUCCGAUUGCCAAAAUCCGAUCAGAUAUCUUUUGAAAAGCUGGGCCUGGACAGUAAACCUGACUCCUCAGACUCUAUUUCAAAUCAUCUAUUUUCAAAGCCUUCCCCAAUAUGGGUAACCUAGUUUGGAUGCAUAGAAAGGCACCCAGCUUUACACGUAAGGCGAUACACACGGGCAUCGCAUGUCAUGUCACACUCUGGGAAGUAGGUCUCUACAGAACACAAGGAGGUUCCUGAAUGAACAUACUGAUAUCUCUCUAACGGCAGAGCAAUGUAGGGUAAUGUAGGUCCUCUGAUACAGACGAUAGCUAUACCUCUCACAAUCACAGGGCAGAAACAAAUCCCUUUUUCUUUCAAGCCCUUUCAUAGACAGUAGUCAUGUUACAAUAAGCCAUGUAUGCAUUUCUGUAUGGUUGUCAGUCUUUUACAUAUUGAUAUGAAAAAAAAUGUAUGCACUCACUAACUGUACGUCGCUCUGGAUAGUGUCUGCUAAAUGACUAAAAUGUAAAAUGUAGAGAGAGUGUGUUGGUGGGAACUAAACAUUGUUAUAAUAACUCUUAUGCUUGGGAACAGGACACAUUCUAUCUCCCUAAAGGUCAGAGGGCAGCUCUCUGAAAAUAGAAUGCAUUCCAUAUCCUAUUGCAUGUCUCAGUCUCCAGCUCUUUGUCUGGUGUUGCUAGUAACUCAGUCUCCAGCUCCUUGUCUUGUGUUGCUAGUAACUCAGUCUCCAGCUCCUUGUCUUGUGUUGCUAGUAACUCAGCCUCCAUCUCCUUGUCUGGUGUUGCUAGUAACUCAGUCUCCAUCUCCUUGUCUUAUGUUGCUAGUAACUCAGUCUCCACCUCCUUGUCUGGUGUUGCUAGUAACAGUCUCCAGCUCCUUAAUAUAAUAUAAUAUAAUAUGCCAUUGUCUGAUGUUGCUAGUGUCUCAGCCUCCAUCUCCUUGUCUGGUGUUGCUAGUAACUCAGUCUCCAUCUCCUUGUCUUAUGUUGCUAGUAACUCAGUCUCCAUCUCCUUGUCUUGUGUUGCUAGUAACUCAGUCUCCAGCUCUUUGUCUGGUGUUGCUAGUAACUCAGUCUCCAGCUCCUUGUCUUGUGUUGCUAGUGUCUCAGCCUCCAUCUCCUUGUCUUAUGUUGCUAGUAACUCAGUCUCCAUCUCCUUGUCUGGUGUUGCUAGUAACAGUCUCCAGCUCCUUAAUAUAAUAUAAUAUAAUAUGCCAUUGUCUGGUGUUGCUAGUGUCUCAGCCUCCAUCUCCUUGUCUGGUGUUGCUAGUAACUCAGUCUCCAGCUCUUUGUCUGGUGUUGCUAGUAACUCAGUCUCCAGCUCCUUGUCUGGUGUUGCUAGUGUCUCAGCCUCCAGCUCCUUGUCUGGUGUUGCUAGUGUCUCAGUCUCCGUCUCCUUGUCUUAUGUUGCUAGUAACUCAGUCUCCAUCUCCUUGUCUGGUGUUGCUAGUAACAGUCUCCAGCUCCUUAAUAUAAUAUAAUAUGCCAUUGUCUGGUGUUGCUAGUGUCUCAGCCUCCAUCUCCUUGUCUGGUGUUGCUAGUGUCUCAGCCUCCAGCUCUUUGUCUGGUGUUGCUAGGACCACAUAAAGGGCGGCAGGUAGCUUAGUGGUUAAGAGCGUUGUGCCAGUAACCGAAAGGUCGCUGGUUCUAAUCCCCGAGCCGACUAGGUGAAAAAUCUGUCGAUGUGCCCUUGAGCAAGGCACUUAACCCUAAUUGCUCCUGUAAGUCGCUCUGGAUAAGAGCGUCUGCUAAAUGACCAAUUAUUUAUUUAUUAGGAACUCAGUCUCCAUCUCCUUGUCUGGUGUUGCUAGUGUCUCAGCCUCCAUCUCCUUGUCUGGUGUUGUGAAACCGUAGCUGCCCUGUAGCAUGGAGAAACACCCUCCCUCUCUCUCGCCCUCCCGUCCUCCUCCUCUCCCUCUCUACGAAGAACAAGACACUAUCAGUCUAUCUCUCCUUUCCCAGAUCAAUUAUUCAAUCAUUUAUUCUCUCCUUUCCUUUCCUCUGCCUCAGCUUUCCCCCUCCCUGCUCCAUCCCUCUGUGUGUUUGGAUGUGUUCCAGGUCUCUCAUGUCUGUAGGGGUUACUGUUUCGUGCAGCAUUGAGGAAAGCUGCUGCAGUGGUGCAGAGACAGAAAAAGAGAGACGGAGAGAGAGCGAGAUGGGGGGGGGGGGGUAAAGAGAGGAGGAUGGUGUCAAGUAAUGGCUAAUAGUGAAAAAGAAAGGGAAAUAUGAAAGAUGAAGAGUGGAGAGCGAAGAGCAAUGCUGAAUGAUAGAGGGAAUGAGGCAGCGGAGGUUAGAACUCAUCCACCUAACAUCCCUCCUGUUCAUCCAUCUCUCACCCCUCUCUGUCUCUGCAUCUCUCUCUCCCCCCCCUCUCUCUCUCCCCGCAUUCUCUCUCUCUCUCUCUCUCUCUCUGUCUCCCCGCUUUCUCUCUCUCUCUCCCCUCUCUCUCUCUCUCUCUCUCUCUCUCUGUCUCCCCGCUUUCUCUCUCUCUCUCUCUCUUAUGUAAGUAUAUAUAUAUAUAUAUAUAUAACAGUGCUGUCUGGCAGUGGGCUAGUCCUGAGUGGGCUAAAGAGAAAUCUCUUACACCAGCACUUUACUCAUCCAUCUGUGUGUGGGUGUGUGCAUGAGUGCGUGCAACACCGUUUCCUCCGUCAGUUCUCUUUUAAACUCCACUCAAGGGGAACACUCAUUUGAGAACAUGGGGUUGUACAAGCUCUACAGAAUACAUAUCUGCUAGCAUUAGCAUUAGCUGGCUGUGGAAGCAGUCUCACAGAGAUAGGCCAACUCUGCUGCUGCAGAGAUACCGUUGUCCAUGGAGACCAAAUGUCACCAUGGAGACAGAACUAUUGUUGUGGCCCACACACACACUCCAGCAAACACAGAGUGCUGAAUGGAGCGUGUAGCUGAGUGAGCUAUUCUAGUGCCUCCAUCUGUUCACCUCUGGCACUAUGGGUUGGCGCCGGAUGCUACAGAGACAUCUAUUCUCUGUUGGUUGCUCUCAUACAUGUCCCACAGCUUUAUCAGAGAGGCUGGAGAGAGAAACAGCUUUAUCAGAGAGAGAGAGAGAGAGAGAGAGAGAGAGAGAGAGAGAGAGAGAGAGAGAGAGAGAGAGAGAGAGAGAGAGAGAGAGAGAGAGAGAGAAUAUUUCAGAACUUGGGAGAUUUAGCAAGCUUAGUCAUCUCUGUUGGUGUGCAACAGCCCUAACGUGUCCUCACAUACAUAACACUGAAGUUUCACUCAAACACAGAUCGCACACAUAUUCAAAUAGACAAAGACCGUCUUGAUGAUUUCCUUUGCCUUCUCUUUAAUGAGUUGAAAAGUCCUUUUGGUUCAAAUCCCUGUGGAAUUUUUCCUUAUUUAUAAACUUCAUCCCAGUUCAGUCGCUGUCUGGUUCUCUGGUAGGCUACUUUAAAAUGGCCUGGCUUUAUCUCUGGGUAGCCAUACUAACUAAUGUUGAAUCUUUCUCUCCCUCCGUCUCCCCUCUCUCUCUCUCUCUCUCAUGUGCUCUUUCUUUCUUUCUCUCUCUCUUUCUCCCUCACUCCCUCUGCGCUCCCUCUCUCUCUCUCCCUCUCUCUCUGUAGGUAACGGUUGUCCCUACAUCGUAGAUGAUCCUAAUGAAGACACCAUCAGUGUUCUGGUGCGCCUCAUCACAGAGAAAAAAGGUACCAGUCCCUUUAUGAUGAUGUCACUGUCUCUGAUGAUGUCACUGCUUCUGCUGAUGUCAUAGGCCUGAGCCUAAAGCAACCCCUAGCCUCUACCCCUUCUGUGUUGGCGAUCUGAAGGUGAAAAAGAUAGGUGUAAGCUCUCCUAUGCCCAUUACCAGGCCAGGUUUAGCCAUAUUGCUUACUGCUAUACAGUCUGUUCAGAUCUGCAAACACAGAGAGACAUCUCUGCUAAUGGGUUUGUGGAUUUUGAAACCACUAACUUCAUCAAUAGAAGAUAAUAGCCAAUUGACUUUGAGUGCGGACAUCACACUGAUUUGAUUUCAUCCACUGCCAAUAAGAUCUUCCCUAAGGAAUCCCCAUUUGUGUGUGUGUGUGUGUGUGUGUGUGUGUGUCUGUGUGUGUGUGUGUGUGUCUGUGUGUGGGUGGGUCUGUGGGUGGGUGGGUGGGUCUGUGGGUGGGUGGGUGGGUGUGUGUGUGUGUGUGUCUGUGGGUGGGUGGGUGGGUGGGUGGGUCUGUGUGUGUGUGGGUGGGUGGGUGGGUGUGCAUCCAAUCACUCAUACAGUUAUGUGUGUAGUAAUGAAAGGCAGUAUUUCCUGAAGUGCUGAAUGUGUUGUAGAGAAUGCUGCUGCCCUGGAGGAGCUGCUGCUGGAGUAUGAGAGUAAACAGAUGGCCAUCAGCAAAGCCUCCUCAAUCAAGUGAGAACCCUGCCUCGUAUAUAUAUAAUACACGCAUAGACAUACAUACCUUAAACAGAGUUCUGCUUGGUCAUACUGGGUGAAAGCAAUGACUGUACACAGUGCCUUCAGAAAGUAUUCAUACCCCUUGACUUAUUCCACAUGUUGUUGUGUUACAGCCUGAAUUCAAAAUGGAUAACAUUUAUUUUUUUCUCACCCAUCUACACACAAUACCCAAUAAUGACGAAGUGAAAACAUGUUUUUAGAAUUUUUUGCAAAUUAAAUACAGAAAUAAUUAAUUGACAUAAGUAUUCACACCCCUUGGCAGUGACUACUACAGCUGUGAGUCUUUCUGGGUAAGUCUCUAAGAGAUUUCCACACCUGGAUUGUGCAACAUUUGGCAAUUAUUAUUUUCUAAAUUCAUCAAGCUCUGUCAUAUUGGUUGUUGAUCAUUGCUAGACAACCAUUUUCAGGUCUUGACAUAGAUUGUCAAGCAGAUUUAAGUCAAACUGUAACUCGGCCACUCGGGAACAUUCACUGUCUUCUUGCUAACCAACUCCAGUGUAGCUUUGGCCUUGUGUUUUAGGUUAUUAUCCUGCUGAAAGGGGAAUUUAUCUCCCAGUGUCUGGUGGAAAGCAGACUGAACCAAGUUUUCAUCUAGGAUUGUGCUUAGCUCCAUUCCUUUCUUUUUUAUCAUGAAAAAUUUGCCAGUCCUUAACGAUUACAAACAUACCCAUAACAUGAUGCAACCACCAAUAUGCUUGAACAUAUGGAGAGUGGUACUCAGUAAUGUGUUGUAUUGGAUUUGCCCCAAACAUAGCACUUUGUAUUCAGGACAAACAUUUAUUGCUUAGCUAUUUUUUUUGCAGUAUUACUUUAGUGCCUUGUUGCAAAUAGGAUGCAUGUUUUGGAAUAUUUGUAUUCUGUACAGGCUUUCUUCUUUUCAUUCUGUUAUUUAGGUUAGUAUUGUGGAGUAACUACAAUGUUGUUGAGCCAUCCUCAGUUUUCUCCUAUCACAGCCAUUAAACUCUGUAACAGUUUUAAAGUAACCAUUGGCCUCAUGGUGAAAUCCCUGAGAGGUUUCCUUCCUCUCCGGCAACUGAGUUAGGAAGGACGCCUGUAUCUUUGUAGUGACUGGGUGUAUUGAUACACCAUCCAAAGUCUAAUUAAUAACUUCACCAUGCUCAAAGGGAUGUUCAAUGUCUGUUUUUUUUACCCAUCUACCAAUAGGUGUUCUUCUUUGCCAGGCAUUGGAAAACCUCCCUGGUCUUUGUGGUUUAAUCUGUGUUUCAAAUUCACUGCUCAACUGAGGGACAUUACAUAUAAUUAUAAUGUGGGGUACAGAGAUGAGGUAGUCAUUCAAAAAUCAUGUUAAACACUAUUAUUGCACACAGAAUGAGUCCAUGCAACUUAUUAUGUGACUUGUAAAGCAAAUCUUUAGUCCUGAACUUAUUUAGGCUUGCCAUAAGAAAGGGGUUGAAUACCACUUUGACAUUGUGGGUAUUGUGUGUAAGCCAGUGACAAAAAAAUCUAAAUUUAAUCAAUUUUUUAUUCAGGCUGUAACACAACAAAAAUGUAUUCAUACAUAGUAUUCAUUUAUUAUAUCUGUGUCCAUAUUGUCCAUGAGGUUCUAGUAGAUAGACCAUAAUGGUUAAAGAGAAAAUAGCCUAAUUAAUUAAUCAAUUACCUCAACUGCCACCAGUUUGACGCCAAAACAUUGACAGCAAAUAUAUUUAGUGUAAAAAAUAUAUAAAGGAUAUUUCAUGCUGAAACCCUCAUAUUAAACACCAGUGUUAUUCACUAAGUUGAUGGUUUAUAUUUAGUAUGUUUUACAGCUUUGUCAUUCUAUUUUAUUUUAUUUUAAAAUCAUCUUACUUAAUUAUUUCAUAUUUUACAUGUGAUAAGGCCACAUAGAGGACCAGAGACUAUUAGACACCUGUGAUAAUCUGAAGGACCCAAAAGGGAUUUUGUGAUAGAUUACGUCAAAUCCUCGAAAGAUACCAAAAUUCUGGUAGCUUACUGGUAAACUUAGAAAGUUUCCAGUAAUAUACCCUCCCGUUGAAACCCUAUGUGAAGACUCAAUAGUGCAUCUAAGCCAAAUGAAGUCGGUUAAGAUGGCGUCUCAUGAAGACAUGCCAUGCACAGUUUGAGCUACUCCAGGAAGUGAUGUUGCAGGCUAGCUCAGUGCUGCCCCCUCUCAUUGAGUAACUCUAGUUAAAGGCCGACCGCAGGCUGCCAUUAAUCAGGGGUGUCAAACUCAUUCCAUGGAGGGCCUAAUGUCUGCUGGUUUUUGUUUUUUCCUUUCAAUUAAGACCUAGACAACCAGUUGUGGAGAGUUCCUUACUAAUCGGUGACCUUAAUUCAUCAAUAAAGUACAAGGGAGGAGCGAAGACACUCGGCCCUCCGUGGAAUGAGUUUGACACCUGUGAACUAAAUGAUCCUUAUAACUUAUUCUGUGUGCGAUUUAAAAAUAAUUGGUUCAAGGACAUACAUCUGGUGUAUUAGAAGCAAUUAUCGGUACCAUGAUUGUCUUCAAAACAGGUUUUUAGAGCACUGGUUACAGCACAGGGUAUAGAGCACUGGUCACAGCACAGUGUAUAGAGCACUGGUCACAGCACAGGGUAUACAGCACAGGGUAUAGAGCACUGGUCACAGCACAGAGUAUAGAGCACUGGUCACAGCACAGGGUAUAGAGCACUGGUCACAGCACAGGGUAUAGAGCACUGGUCACAGCACAGGGUAUAGAGCACUGGUCACAGCACAGGGUAUAGAGCACUGGUCACAGCACAGGGUAUAGAGCACUGGUCACAGCACAGGGUAUAGAGCACUGGUCACAGCACAGGGUAUAGAGCACUGGUCACAGCACAGGGUAUAGAGCACUGGUCACAGCACAGGGUAUAGAGCACUGGUCACAGCACAGGGUAUAGAGCACUGGUUACAGCACAGGGUAUAGUGCACUGGUCACAGCACAGGGUAUAGUGCACUGGUUACAGCACAGGGUAUAGUGCACUGGUCACAGCACAGGGUAUAGAGCACUGGUCACAGCACAGGGUAUAGAGCACUGGUCACAGCACAGGGUAUAGAGCACUGGUCACAGCACAGGGUAUAGAGCACUGGUCACAGCACAGGGUAUAGAGCACAUGUUACAGCACAGGGUAUACAGCACAGGGUAUACAGCACAGGGUAUAGAGCACAGGGUAUAGAGCACUGGUUACAGCACUGGGAUAUAAGGUACAGCUAAAUGAAAAGCCCUAAAGAUUAUGUCUGUAUGUCAAAUGUUCUGCUGUCUGUGGCACUGCCUGUCAGCUUGCGUUCUGGAAAGCUCUACAUACUCACACACACACACACACACAAGCAUUAUGCACACACACGCACGAACACACAAACACACGCAUGCAUAUGCGCUCACCAACACACAUGCCUUUUCUGUGGUCCAGGGGUAACCAGAGGUGGUGGGGGUCGUUGGGGUCAGAGCAGCAGCACGGGACCCUCUCACACAAUGGAACAAUAGGCAGCUCUGCACUGAGGGGUUUCAUAAAGGCAGGGAUGGGAGGGCCGCUUGGACACUGUGCAUUUUAAUAAAGGGAGGGCUCUGUCCGUUGCCAGGCAUUUUACUGGUAGGCUAGGGGCUUCAGUAGGCUAGGGGGGUUGGUGUAGUUUCUGAAUAGGGGGAUGUAGUUGGACAGAAACCAGCUGUGGGGUAGAUUAUCUGCGGAGAAUUACUGUCUGUCCCCACGCUAUUACACACACACACGCAUGCACGCACACAUGUGCACACACACACAAACAAACAAACAAACAAACACAUGCAUACGCCAAAACCAUGUAAAAGUGUGUGUUUUGCAUGUGUGAAGCACUAUGGUAAUUUCCUUGUCUGUGCAUACCUGCUUUUGUGUGUGUGUGUGUGUGUGUGUGUGUGUGCAUACCUGCUCAUACAUGUUUUCUCUCUCUCUCCCUGCUCCAGGUUCCCGGUGCUGUCUCCUCUGACUCAGUUCCUCUCCUUACCCAGGCUGUGCCCUCACCAGUCUCACCUCCACACCAUCUCUGGUCUGUCUGGCCUGUCUGGCCCCCGACAUGGCUACUGCUGCUCCCGCUGUGCCCAGAAGAAAUGGCCCCCCAUCCUCCUGCCCCCCCUCGGCCCCCUCAAACCCCCACAGUUCCGCCAAACCCCCCUUGGCCCCCUCAAAUCCCCACACUCUCUCCUGUUACCCCCUCUGGACCUCCAGCCCCUCCAGAAGACCCCUCUCCUGCCCCCUGUGGACACACACCACUCCACCCCUAAGAUCUCCCAGACCCCCAGGCCUGGGUCAGGGUCACUCCCUGAGGGGAAGUGGAGGAUGCCUGGGAAGGUGACCCGGUCUGUCGGGAGGUGAGGAUGGAAACACACACACACACACACACACAUGCUGUUCCUAAGUGUGAACAUUCUGUACACACAUAUGUAUAUACAUGCACCGUGUGUCAAUCUUCUAUUUGAUUGACAGGUUCCAGGUGGCUCAGAUUCAGGAGCAGAGGCCUGGUUCCAUGGAGAUGACGUUCCGCCCAGAGUCGAGUGACUCAGGUUCAGUGGAUGAUUCAUCUCUGCUGGGGAGGAACAAGUCUUCAUCAUCACCACCAUCAUCAUCAUCAUCCUCAGCUGCCAGGAGUACAGAAGAG